UAUGAAUUAGAGAAUUUCUUUUAUUAAAAAUGAAAUAAUGCUGAAAUAUAAGUUGUAAAAGUUGCAACAAAAAAAUGGGAAAUCACAUUUAAAUCAUUCAAUUAUAAUAUUAAAUAUAUAUUUGAUCAUUCGAGAAUAAUUCUCAUGUGGCUGAGAUCAGCACAACAUCAAUUUCCUACUAGGCAGUGUACGUGAACAGCUGUGCUGGUGGGGUUAUUUUCUUACAUCUGUUCUCAGCAUUUUUCAAGCACGUUAGAAUUGCUGUACCCGGCCGCUGAAGUUGCAUUUUAAUAAUAAAUUGUAAUUUUAUAAUACUAAGUCAAAAAAAAAUGAAUAAUUUAAUUAGAAAUACAUUUCGUUGGGCUACAAUUGCCACAAAUACCACCCCAAAUGCAUUGAAAAAUGUAUUUGGCAAGCGGGACUUUACGCGGACCUUGUGGCACAUGUCCAAGACUCCAGAGAAUUCAGGAUAUAACACAGUACUUGACUUACAUAAGCCGAGCAUAAACUGUAGCUGCGGUUGUGGUGGAAAAAAACAUGUGCAUACGAAAGGUGAACGUGAACUAGUAGAAUUUUUAACAGAAGAAAUUAUUGCUGAACGCAAAUCUCAAAAAUUCAAGAACGUGCCCACCUGUGUGGAUGGCUUCAAUGUUAAAUUGGAUGGUGCAGAAGUUGAAUUAAGCAAAGUUGGAGAUAAGGAAAAAAUUGUGGUUAAUUUUAAUGUAAACCAUACAGUUGAUUCGGAGGAGGAACCAGAAAUUAAUCCUAAUGAUGAUAAACCAAAUAUUGGUGAAAUGCGUAGUAAACCACAAUUUGAAGUUGACAUUGUGAGAGGCAACACGACACUAUCUUUCACUUGCUCUUUUCUUCAGGGCACUGCACAGGAGGGCGAAUACAAUGAUGUAUUCGGAAUUGAUGAAAUGGUCUUGUAUGAAAAUGAAUGGAAUGACAAAGUUUAUGCUGUCGCUGGCGAUGUUUUGGAUGGUUAUUUGUAUGAUUUGCUGAUGAACUUAUUGGAGGAGAAAGGAGUCACAAAUGAAUUUGCUGAAAAAUUAAGUGACUUAGCCACUGCCUAUGAACAUGCAUCUUAUAUUAAACUUUUGGAAAAUUUAUCAAAGUUUUCAUCUGGAAAACCAAUGUAAAUUAUUUUUAGUUUAAAAGGGA